GUUCCAAUAUAAAUUCUUUGUGGAAAUAGUGCAAAAGUUUCGGAUAUAUAAUCAAAUGAACCGCAUAAUAAAAUUCAAUAAAGUUGUUGAAAUUAUAUUUUGAUUUUUCAUUUUAACAUCCAUCUAGUUCGCAACAAAAUCAAAUAAAUAUAAAUCAUCAGUUAAUGGCGAAAGUGUGAGUCAACCGCCAUAGUGUUCGAAUUCGCUGUUUUUGACAAUUGUUGGAAAAAUUAGCAGCGACGAAAAGAAACGAAACAUUGCGAUUCGCGUUUACAACGAGUAUCAUUCGUGUGGAGUAGGCGGAAUAUUUUUCUUUUAACAUUUCAGAAAAACUGAAUCGAAUAAUUCGGUUUGUGAGUAUUUCAUAAAAGUUGAAAAGAAUCGACAUAAGGAAAGGGCAUUGAACAUUCAAAGCGAAUUGGAGAAUCUUAUAAGAAAAAAAGUGUAAAAGUGCAAAAAAAAAAACAAUAAGAAGAAAAAAGUUCGCCGAAUUUCUCAAAUUCCGGCUGUCAAAAAUAAAAUCUGCCUGCCUUUUGUCUUGCUUACACGCAUUGAUUUCACUACAUAAGCCAAAUUCCGCCAUUGGAAGUACUAGCUAAGCUAGUCACACCACAGGUGUCCACAUAAAGGACGGUUAUUUGCGUAGCCGCACCACUUAAUCGACUUUGUAGUAGACGAGGACCGAAGUGAAUCGAAUCUGCUGCUUUUCAUCUUCGUGGUUGUUCGGUCUUAUUGGUCGUCAUUGUUCGUCGAGACAAAAAUUCAGUGCGAUUGCUGCGAGAAUUGAAUUCGUCGUACUCGUGGGCUUUAAACGGCAAAGAAGGAAAAAUUUUCUUUUUUUUAAUAGAAAUUUAGUUUUGUGCGCUACGCUCAACACACGUUAAAAAUCAAAUUUCAACAAAAUGGCGUUAAAAAGAAUUAAUAAGGAACUACAAGAUCUUGGCAGAGAUCCACCUGCACAAUGUUCAGCUGGACCAGUCGGCGACGAUUUAUUUCACUGGCAAGCUACAAUAAUGGGACCGCCUGACAGCCCGUAUCAAGGUGGCGUAUUUUUCUUAACAAUUCAUUUUCCGACAGAUUAUCCUUUCAAACCGCCUAAAGUGGCUUUUACAACGCGUAUAUACCAUCCAAACAUUAACAGUAACGGAUCGAUUUGCCUCGAUAUUUUAAGAUCUCAAUGGUCGCCAGCAUUAACUAUUUCAAAAGUUUUACUAUCGAUUUGCUCUCUUCUCUGUGAUCCCAAUCCAGACGAUCCACUUGUACCAGAGAUUGCAAGAAUAUAUAAAACUGAUCGGGAAAAAUAUAAUGAAUUGGCACGAGAGUGGACUAGAAAGUAUGCUAUGUGAUGCGCUCCAGUUCGUACUAUCGAUCCGUCAACUAGUAACAACAAAAGCAACAUCAAUAAUAGCAGCAGUGAGAAGGAUUGCUAUAACAUCAUCAUUAAUAAUAAUAAUUAUAACAACAACAACAACAAGAACAAGAACAACAAAAUGGAAUCAACAAUAGCAGCAGAUAUGGCAUAGCGCUCCCAAGCAGGCAAAAAAAAAAACACAAGGGUUUAAUAAAUAUAUAUAUAUAUAGCAAGAACAGCAAAAUCACAGCAACAACAAUGUGAAACAAUUCUUCUUCAGUAAAUAAAACAAAAAUAUGAAAAAUAUUAAAAAAAAAAACAAUAAAAAAAACUGCAUUAAUUCAAGAGUAAGCGAGAAUUAUGCGUGAAACAAGAAAAACACAGAAAGCUAAAGAAUUCUGCGGAGAAAAGAGUAAAGAGAAGGAAUAAAAUUACAAAUUAAUAAAAUACAACAGCAAAGAAAAAAAAAGAGAAAAAAAACACAUAAAUCAACUUACUUAUUAUUAUUACAUUUAUAAUUAAUUAAAUUAAAUUAAAAUUAUAUUCUUCAGAAGAAAAUAUAAAAGAUAAAUCAGAGAUAAAUCAAUAAAACCACAUAAAAAAUAUACAAGAAUCUAACAUUAAACACUGCGCAGAGGCGAUAAAGAUAUAGUGAGUUGGAGAGGUAAAACAAAAAGCGAAAAGAAGAAAGAAAAAAAACGUUUAAGCUAAGCAAGCAAGCAAAAAGGGUUUAGGAUACAGUAUACCGCGCGUAAAGUGUGUGUAAGAAGGCAAGUUAAUAUAGACUAGACUGAUUUACGAGUAGCGACUUGAUAUGAGCAGCGUUAUUUGCUGUGGCAGCACAGCGAUGGUAGCGUCUCGUCUCCAAAGGGCAUGAUAGCGAUUUAUUAGUAGUACAUACCCAGUGUACGCAGCAGGUACGAAAUGUACAGUUAGUUAUGUACAUAUGAACGUUGUAUGGUGUUUAUGAAAUGGCAAACAAGAAAUUUCAUUAUAAUUUUUCCAAAUAAAAAAAAAAGUAAGAAGAAGAAAACAUAAAUUUUUGCGACACUUUCAAGUGUGCUUAGCAGAUUUGGAACAGUAGAAAUGCGAUGAUGUGAAAUUGGUUAAUUAUGCGCCAAGUAAAUCAUUAGCCCAUCACUUACUACACUCCCACAACCAACCAACCAACCAACCAACCACACAUUUUGCGUAGCAUGUAAAGAAACAAAAAUUAAAAGCGAAAAAAAAAAUAAUUAAUUAUUAAAAAGGUGAUUAUGGACGAUCAACUCGUUCCUUCACGUGCUUCGCACUCGUAUUUGGGUUCAAUAUAUUAAGCAAAGCGUCAUAUUGGUGUAAUCCUAUGCCUAAUCAAAAAAAAAAAA